ACCAACUGAAGCGGGUGUUCAAAGCAUAAUUAAGGUUAUGUUUACAUUCGAUAAUGGCUGAAAGUGCGCACUAAUAUACGAAAUACACAAGAAAUAUGAAGUUCAGGGGUAAGAUGACGGAGGUGUUAUGUAUAAAGCAGUUUUCAAAUAUAAUCGGAGCCUUGGCAAAACUGGCGAAAGACUGUAAGUUGCGAAUAACACCGGACAAGAUAUUUUUCACUGUGUCGGAUGGUUCAACUCUGGAGCGACCAUUGGCAUAUUGUAUAAUAGAACAGGCCCAUUUCUUCAACGAGUAUACAGUGGUCGGUGUCUCCAACACACACAAUAUGAUAUGUUUAAUUUUUUCACCAGACCUAUUGGCGCGGGCUACGGCCAACUUGAGGACAUCAGCGAGUACUAAAUCAGUGAAAAUGAAACUGACGAACAAAAUGUCACCUUGCCUCACUUUUGAGAUAGAAUCGGGACAAUCACGGCUUUGUGUACACGACAUUCCUGUGACUGUUGUCCCACGGAGACAGUGGGGGAGCCUUGAAGACCCUGUCCUGCCAACUUUUGAUGUUAGUAUAGAUUUCCCAAAUUUCAGGAUUUUGCGAACAAUAGCAGAACGUAUGCGUAACAUCAACUUGUAUUUGGAGGUUGGGGCCAAUUCACUGGGAACACUUGUAAUUGAAACACGGACAGAUAUUGUCAGACUAAGAACUCAGUUCAGCGAUCUCAAUAUAAACAGCACAGCAAACGCAUUGCCUGAUCCAGAAAAGAUUCGAUCCGUGAGAGUGGACGUCCGAAAAUUUGUACAAGUUCUGGCUAGUGAACAGUUGCACCCAAACAAAAUGCAGUGUGAUAUAGCUGAUGGUCGCUUGUUGCACCUCUUAGUCAUACAUGAGGAUGUGACUUUGCAUUACUUCUUGUCACAUUAUGACAGCUGAGAUAUGGCAGUAACCCUUCUUCCUUCCUCAAGUAGGGUUGGGGAGAGAGAGAGCUGUUGGAUCACACAUCUAUCAGAGCCAUGAUUAUGGUUGAUGGACUACUGUGGGAUAGUAACUUGCUGAUGUGUGAAAAUGUAGCAAUAUCUUUCGAUUCCCUUUUUUCUGAUAUGUAUAGCUUCUUAGUAAUUUAUUAUUGAUUCUGUAUUAUCUGUAUUAAAUGUGUUGUCUUGCUAA